CUCGGUUUUUUUAUUUAAAAUCCGCCGAAUGCCGAAUGAAAUGCUAAUGCUUUUAUUCCGAAGGCAUGUGCACGAGGUACUAACCUGGGGUCCUAACUGACUCCACAUUUUCAAGAUGGCUGCUUCCAUCUCGGGAUUAUUAAAACCUUGGACACCAAGAGUGUUCCUAGUGAGGUGGAGCAGAUACAACCCUUACUAUCUGGAGCCAGAGGUCAGGAAGGAGGCCUACAGCACCCCAGAGACGGAGCUGAGUGCUGAGGAGAAAGAGCAGCGGGAGCUCAAAGCGCUCCGACCCAUCAAGGCAGCAACCAGUGGAGUCAACAGCUCUGUUUUCAGCGACCCAGUCCUCAGUAAAUUCAUCAACAUGUUGAUGACAGAUGGAAACAAGGUUUUGGCCAGAGAGAUCGUGACGCAGACCCUGGAGAGCAUAAAGAGGAAACAGGUGGAGAAAUACCAUAAAGCUCCAGAAGGGAAGAAGGAGGAGAUUGAGUGUAACCCCUACACCAUUUUUCACCAGGCUCUGGAGAACUGUAAGCCUGUCGUUGGAUUGGCCAGCAUACAGAAAGGUGGAAAGUACUACCAGGUGCCCAUCCCUUUGACGGACAACCGUCGUCGUUUCCUCGCCAUGAAAUGGAUGAUCACAGAGUGCAGGGACAACAAACACCGACGCACACACAUGUACGAAAAACUUUCCCAGGAACUGCUGGCAGCAUCUGUGAAGGAGGGCAACGUUAUCAAGAAGAAGUUCGAGCUGCACAAGAUGGCCGAAGCUAACAGAGCCUACGCCCACUACCGCUGGUGGUAGAGAGAAACCGCUCAGGACUGAAAUUCAAAUGUUUCACAGACUGGACAGAUGUGUUGGCCACAAAUGGUCACAGAAGAUACAGCUGCACCUUUUGUUGCUCGAAGCGCUUCUGUAAACAGUGAACAUCGUGAAAAUCCUUUGGCGGGAGGACUACACUGUAAAAAGUGCUAUAGGACAUCAGUGAAAUAUAAAGGUAACACUGUCACUUUUUCUAUUGAGAAAUUGCAUUGUGUAUAUACAGUAGUUGUGCUCAGCUGUAUUGUUAAUAAACACGCAAUUAAGGAAAAUCUUCGAAGAUUUAUUAGAAGAAAUACAUCUUCAUUAAUUGUACAACCCAACCAUACAAAAAUGGAAUUGACUAAAGUAAAAAUGUAGUAAAAUACAUAAACAGAUAUUGCAGUCAGUACUGUGUCCUGUCAAUAAGGGAAUAUUAGUGUCUACAGCAUUCAAACUUCCUAAUUUAACUCUUUAUGAUCAGUGUAAUACAUCAUUAAACCCAUUUUACAUAAGUUUGUUUUUAGUCUGAAGGUGGU